UAUAGUAAAAUUCUCAUUGGUCAUUUUAAAGGAAAUGCCACGUGAUAUUUCAAAGCGAUUUAAGCACAUGUAGGAACUGAAUCAUUGGACGGCCCUUUAAGUGACUCAAUUUUAAAGAGAUGUCGACGACCUCGCGAAAGCACAGGGAUUUUGUUGCCGAGCCCAUGGGAGAUAAACCUGUGACUGCCCUGUCGGGAAUAGGAGAGGUUUUGGGGGAAAAACUGGAGGAACAGGGAUUUGACAAAGCGUUUGUAGUGCUGGGUCAGUUCCUGCUGCUUCGGAAGAACGACGAAUUGUUUACGGAAUGGCUGAAAGACGCCACCGGGGCGAACGCGAGACAAGCCGCGUCCUGCUCGCAAUGUCUGAGGGAGUGGUGUGAUGCCUUCUUGUAAGAUUGGCACGGCUUUUCUUCGCUCCUUCAGCUGAACAUGAUGAAGUGUGUAACGCCAGGUUUUAUUAUUUUACAAAAUUCCCCUCAAUUACGCAUCGACUGUUAUUAAAUAAAGGAAAGGUAUUUUUGUCAUGCUACUCUGUCAG